AUGUUGUGCCGCACGUGUUGAAUCUGUCAAAAAGUAUAAUCCGUUGUAAGUGUUGUGCUAUAGAUCCACUUUCAUUUUGCAUAGCCUCUAAAACUGUUUUCAAAAUACCUUAGUAUAUAUGGUAUGUAGCAUUUUUACACUAAAUCAACGAUUUUUGUAGUUAUUAAUUGAACGCAUUAUCUUGUUAGUCAAGUUUAACUGCACUCGAAGCACCAGACUGCAUGCAUAAGUAAUAUUCUUUAAGGAAUUGUUAACAAUUGUUCAAUUUUAGGAAUACUUAUCGAUAUUUAAAUUUCGAUAGCAUUAAUGUAGUCAAAACUGACAAUCACUAAUAUUCUGUGUGAACAGCUGUUGGCUGCGUGGGACAUUGAUUUUUUUUCUUUCAUAUAAACGUACAAACGAAACAACAAAAAACAUUAUAAUAUUUUGUAAAUUUGUGCUCAUUUAUCACAGAAAACUCAGUGGAAACACUGUUGAAAGGUGUGUAAAAAUACAAGUGUAACGUUUUAAAAAUUAAGCCCUAUGUUUAAUGAUUGCGAGCGUACUAAACGAUUGACAACAAAAACAAAACUUUUUUGCGGCAUAUUUGUGUACGUAGCAAUUUAUUUAUAAAGUAUUAAAUGCAAAAUGCCACCGAAUUCUACAUUGAACACCCCGGUAUUGUUAUGGUAUGUGUGUGUGCUUCUGACCUGCUUUUGUCCAAGCCUGGUACUGGGGAACCUCAAGGUCAUUUAUGCUGUGAACGCUGGGGGUCAAGAACAUACUGACAAACAUGGCAUACAUUACAGUGCUGAUCCGUUACACGGACGUAUUGGAACAGCUUCCGAUUAUGGUAAUCAUCUGCUAUUGAUAGGACGUGUGCCGGAACAAGAUGAAGUGCUUUAUCGCACUGAACGCUAUCAUACAGCAACAUUCGGCUAUACAUUGCCAAUAGACGGAGAUGGAGAGUAUGCGUUGAUAAUGAAAUUCUGUGAAGUCUAUUUUAAUGAGCCAAAUAAAAAGGUCUUUGAUGUGAUUCUGAACAACAAACAUACUGUAGUAAAGGAAUUGGAUAUAUUUCAUCAAGUGGGCCGUGGUACUGCUCAUGAAGAGUAUGUUUAUUUCAUCAUCUCUAAUGACCGCCUAUACUACAAAGAUGAACAAUCGGACAUACGGAAUGGUGUAGUCCGCUUAGAUUUUAUUAAAGGCCAUUAUGAUAAUCCAAAAAUCAAUGCCUUUGCGUUACUCAAAGGUGAUGUGGCAAAUAUCCCUCGAUUGCCGCCCACAUCGGAUGAUAUUCUCCCAAUAGAUUCCGAUAUGGCAGUUUUUAACGAUCGUGUCUCUGCGGAGGGUGGCGGCAGCAGCGAAAUUUCAUCUGACCACAUACCGGAAAACCAACAACGAAGUAAAGAUGUGCCGUCUUCAAUAGAUGAUGAUAUAUUUGAUGAAGAUGAAGAUAAUGAAGAAGAAUCAUGGACAAAAAAACGUAAGGUUAGUGGUCCACGGCAGCCAGACCCAUACUCCAUGGAUGAUUCUUCAGUUAUGUUGCCAGUGUUCAUAGCGAUUGGUGCGUUUAUACCAUUGCUCUUUUGUCUCUGCAAGUUGUGAUUUGUUGUUACGUUUUGUACGUAAGUUAUUAAGGAAGAAAUGGUACUAAGUGAAGCGGAUUUGUGAUCUGCGCGGCUUCAGUUCACUAUCGUAUAUACUGAACAUGUUGGAACACCGCAUAUUGUUGCCAAGUGCAAGAGCUACAUUUAAGUUCAUUAUUUAUUUGAAAUUGCAUCCUGAUCUCCUUGGUAUAAAUAUUUCUUUUUUUUUGCAAUAUUUUUCUUUUUUUCUGACACUUUUGCUUAAACUUUCCGUAAAGCUGUUAUUAUUUAAUUUCACGUUUAUUUAUAUUUAUGGUAUUUAAAAUAUAAAAAAAAAGAAUUUUUGGUUGUGAAGUAUAGUAAUGCGUACUUAUUACUGAUAUGCGUUUUCAAUAAAAACGUUCAGUGCUCAAUGAAUCUUCUAAAAACGCACAUUGUGUUUUAGCAUUUCUUAGUUUAUUUUGCUUAAAGUAAAAGUGACAAUUUUGAAUUAUAAAACAUUUUCGAAUUACAAUAAUAUUAAUAAAUUAAUUAUAACUCAUAACUAUAAUUUAAUGUAUGUAUCUACUAGUUAAAAAAAUUUUGAAAAAUAGAUUUGUGUCAAAUUGCUCAAUAUAUUUGAUUUAAUUGGUGUACGUAAGUAAUUAUAUUCUAUUAUAGUGUAACAAUUACACUCAUUCUAGUAAAAAAACUAUUGUGUAUUUAGGAAUUUUUCAUUUAUUUAUUGGUAGACACUUAUUCACCACUAAUUCGUUAGUUUUUAACUUGGUGUACACCACGAUGCGAUGACAUGAAGUUUGAAAGCCAAUGUAAAUUCUUUUGUCACAUAUGAUGAACAAAACGUAAAUAAAUAUUUCAAAGUUUACAAAUAUACGACAGUAAGAAAAUUAAA